CAACAGAAACCAAUUAGGGUCGUUCCAUUUAUAUUGCAUUUUAACCAACUCAGCAAUUCAACAAAAAAGCGAAUACCCAGAGUAAUUUAAACGCUUUUAUACAUCGUUAAACAAUUUUAAAAGUAGUCUUAAUUUUAAAAUAAAUAAACACCUACAUCUUUAAAAAUCAAAGGUCAGAUACCUCAUUUUCAAGACAACUUCAGUACAUUCGUUAACGUUUGAGGACCAAAUAGUAAGGGUUUCAAAUUGUGUUUAUCGAUUAUCUUAAAUAGACACAGAAUGCUUAAAUCAUUAUCAAAACGAUAUUUAAACUGGGAAGGAAAAUAACUUGGCUCCACAUUAACCUCUGCAGCUAAACUCAUAUAAAAUAAACCCACUACAUAUAUGCAGCAUUAUAUGCCCACUUAUUCAAUAAGUAUAUUUAAAUAAAAUAUUAUGAAAUUAUUGUGGCUACGAUCCUCUAAAAGUCCGACAUUAUCAUCAUCUACAAAAUAUAUUAUCCUAACAGUUCCCUUUAGCUGUUUCCUUUGAAGGGAAUUGCAAAUUGGCAGACAAUUCUGAAAUCGUCUAAGGUACUUUUAAACCAUCUGUCGCUUUACAGGUAGAACUUAAGCCAUAGGAAUUUCUAAGCUGCCUAAAACCCUACCUUUGACCUGCCGAAAAGGACAGUUAAGGUGCAGGUCAAAAUAUACCUAUAUCCCUCCCACAAUCUACCUAUCGCACUAUAUAAGACCACCAAAUCAACCGCAUAAUUAUCACUCACAUUCCAACUGUCAAACGCCAUGGAUCACUAUCAGACCACGAAUUCCAAGAAGCUGAUGAUGUUUCGCACACCCAACGAGGAGGAGGCGCUCAAGAACCAGAUCUUCAUCUUCAACUCGCCAAUUGACUACAAGGACCAGCAGCUGAUUGUGUAUCAAAAGCCAGGGAUCCUCAAUGGAGACAAGGACUAUGGCUACUGUGUGGUCUACAAGCGGGAUCAUUAUGUGCUGAACAAUCCGCCCAACUUCAACAGUCCCACAAAGAGGAGCUUCCUUAACGAAUGCAUCCGCCAGUUGUAUCUGAUGAACGGCAUGGGUCACAAGAUGUACUGGAGGACCACAAGUGCGAUGGCAUUAAGUACACCUGGAGAAGUCUGGCACCAGGUGAACAGUUGCCUGCUGCCGGAAAGACUUACGCCCCUUAAGGAGAGCCUUAAGCGGGUGAAGAGACAGCUCUUCCGUGAUCCCAGAGCAGAUCGCAAGAAUCCAAAACCCCUGAAGGGCAGAGUCUGGGGCACUCAGGUCUUCUGCUUCAAGUCGAUGCGUGAGAAGAUUGGAAGGAAGUACAUCCGCAGGGGCUACCUGACCAUUGCCCGUCGGGAGGCCCUGCAAGAGAUGAUCCGGGAGCACUUACAACGCGAAAUGGUCUGCUCUCCGGCCGUCUGCAAUACCGUAAUCAGUGCUGGUGAUGGAAUAUUCAAUGCGAAUGCCAGGGUCAUCGGUGACAUUUGCAGCUACCACAACAAUGCGGCCCGUCAUCAGCCCGCCGUGGAGUGCCGCCUUACGGCUGGAGAAGCCCGUCUGCGAAACCACGAGGCCUGUCGCCUCACCAACCGGGCCAAGCGACUGGAGGCCUUGUUCAUACACGAGCAGGUCCGCCGGGCCGUCCAGAACCACCAGUUCAUCCUCGAGGAGUCGGUGCGUUCCAUCUACUAUGCCAAGGAGCUCUUCCGCCUGAUCGAGGAUCACGAGGAGUUCGUCUACACGGACAACAAGAUACUGGGCAAGAUAUGAAGGCCCUCUCGUGUCUGGCAUAGCCACUAAUUUCAUCCCUAAUGUAUUUGUAAUUAUAAGUUAAUGUAAAAAUAAAUAUAUUUUAACUAGUAAAUUAAAGACCGAUGCACUUCCAAAUUUGGCAAUUUAAGAAUUAAAGUGGGAA